CGGUAUUCAAUACAAUUUCAAAUUUAUUUCGACUUUCGAUAUGAAAUGAUAUAGGUGUACAAAUAAAUACGUCAUCGAUAUAAAAUCAAAACGUUUACAUAUUCUAUUGUAUUCUAAAAUUACAAAUACGUUGAAAAUUUGCAGAAUCUAAAUUGUUUGAUCAGUUCUCAUGACUAAUUAAAAUAUAAAUUGCUAUGAAAAUAUCGUUACGAAAAAAAAUGUUAAAAUUCGAGUGAUCAUAAAGAAAAAAAGAAGUAAAAUUUUGAUAAAUUUCGAAUAAACGAAUCAUGGCGGCAAAUUGUCCGAACUCCUGCGGUGUACACUGUACAGUUCGUUCAUUUGCAGUAAAAGCAAGGCAAGCCGCAAGACUAGGUCGCGGCGCCCGGCGGCGCUCGAUGCUUGUUCAGCCCUCAUUUCCGUUUUCGAAUAGCCGGAGUGAGCGAGUGCAGGCAGUCUGCGACAGGUCUGCGAGAGUGUACGUAUAGGUAUGUAGAAAGAACAGCUUUGGGCACGUCACAUGUAAAAAAAGAGUGCCGCCGUAGCCGCUGUCGUGUGUUUUCGUGUGUUCGUCGUCAACGCCGAGGGGUUGUGCAGCAGCAGGAUGACUCGUCUUGACUCGAGGUCCUGGUUAUUUAAAUCAAAACUGACUUUCUCCACAUCCUAGAUUGGAGAUUUUUCAAAAAUCAGAUGACAUAAAAUUAUCAGUAUAGAGAAAAUUUUGAACAGUGAAAGUACAAUUAGCUUAUUCAUAAAUUGUGUCCUGGAAAAUUUAACAAAAUGAAUACUCAGGCAUUACAAGCUUUUUUGGAUAGUAAUUCUGUGCCAGGUUCAGCAGUACCUGUUGAUUUGUUCAAAUUAGCUAGAAAUAUAGUUCAGAAACAACGUAAUAGAAUUGGCAAAGGACAAACUCAAUCAUUUUCAACUACUAAAUUCCGUCUAGUUCUUGAUGGAGAAUGUUGCCUUGAUCGAUUGUAUGGUGGUUAUUUUUCAGACUGGGCUUGUGGUGGACAAUGGAAUCGCAUGAUCCAAUUUCUUGCAGUCCUCAUGCAACAAAGUGAAGCAGCAGGGUUAGAAUUGGCUGUAUAUUUCAAUGGUUCUAUAGAGACUUCCAGGAGGUCAGACUGGAUUCAAAAUCAGCUAAAUACCAGACUCAAAGCAAAUAAUGUAUUGAAACAUGUUUCAACUAAAGGUACACCUCCACCAAAAAUUUGGUGGAUUGCUCCAGCAUGUCUAAAAACCAGUUUGAGAAUGGCUUUGAGGCAUUUGAAUGUAACUGUUCUAAGCAGUAUGGAUGAUCAUCAUCAAGAAGUUAUAACUUUCUGCAGAGAAAAUCACUAUCAUGGUCUUAUUGCUGAUGAUUCUGAAUAUGCUGUAUUUGAUCCUCCUAGAUAUUUUUCUUCCGAACAGUUGAAAUUAACAUAUAAAGGUUCUCUUGACACAAAAGAAUACUUUGUUAAUGAAGUUUUACAAGGAUUAAAUCUUCCUGCUGAAAGAUUAUGUAUUUUUGCUGCACUCCUUGGAAAUUACAUUUUGAAUGAAACUGAUUUACAAAGUUUUUAUAAAAAAUUGAAUCCAAGUACAAACAAGAUGGAUAUAGACCAGACUGUGCGAGCAGUUGCAAACUUUGUUAAAGAUUUAUCAUCUAUUGAGUUAGAUGACGUUACACAAAAAGUAUUUGGCUCUCUAACAGAUUCUAGAUGCUCCAGGUUCAAACAAUCUGUUCAAUACUAUGUAAAUGGAACAAAGGAUGGUUUUUCACACUACAAGCCCAUCAAGCCUACCAAAGAUACAAUCCAGAAUGAUCAGGCCAAUGCAUCGGAUGUAGCUCCUACUAAUGAAGAGAAAACUAACAUGGAAAUGGCACGUUUUGCUUCUGAAACAGCUGAAAGCGAACAAGAAAGUUUGAAUGCUUACAAAGAAGCGACUGCAAAUGCUACAAAAGCUCCGGAAAUUGUUGUAGAACCGCCAGGUGUACUAAAUCAAGGUGAUACUGAAACUACUCGGCCAGAAGAAGACCACAAUAAUGGACACACAGUAAAUGGAACACACAAUCUCUUAAUUAGUUCAUCCAGUUCAAGUAGUAGUUCAUCAGCCACUUCUCCAGCUCAUGUCACAGAUUCUGUUAAACAAACAGAAAAAAGUACUACGGUUCCAGCAAGUGUACCAGAAGUAAUAAGAACCGCAUCAGAGAGGCAUCAGAAGGGGUUGAUGUCACCUUUAAUAUAUCAAAUUCUCACUGCUGGUGAGAUUAAAUUGCCAGUCUUAUUAGAAGAUGAAAAUCACAGAGAAUUCCCAUCAAUCCAUGUUAUAUAUAGACCCGUUAGACAGAUGGUCUAUGCCAUUCUUUUCAACAUGCAUCAUCGCCUGUAUUUAGCCACUAAGAGUAAAGAAAAGGGUGAAACUGACAAAAUUGAAGUGCCAGAUGUCAUUAUCAAAGAAUGGGUUUGGUCCAAAGCAAAUCCAUUUCAAACUCCAGAAUCAGUCAAAGCUGAACAAAUUGGUUGGGGUGUUCCAACCAUUCAGCGAUUAUGGUUUGGAACUGGAAUUGAUGAUAAGAGACGUCGUUUACGCGGAUUUUUAACCUGCAUGAAGUCUGAUACAGCACUUAUGUUAAAUACUGCCUAUGUGCCACAACAUUUAUUGGUUAUGGCUUGUGUACUAAGAUACAUCAUGACAUUUUCUGAUAAAAUAAAAAUUUUACGACGCCAGGAACUAGAUGCCUUUAUUGUUCAAGCAUUUUCGCCUGAGCUUAUGAACGCUCCUUAUCUACAAGACUUGCAGAUAUCGCUUGUAACGACUCGCGGAGUCCAAUUGGCCAGUUUAUUUAUGGCUGGUGUGGAGACUGCUCUAUUAGCGAACGAUGCAUGUGGAGCACCGAUUCCUUGGUUAAUGUGUUGCCCUUGGUUGUACUUCGAUGGAAAGCUCUUCCAUCAUACACUUGCACGAGCAACGAUCGCUAAAAAUCUGCUGGAGCUCUGCGGCGGUCACAUUGAACGCGUUGUCAAAGUCGAAAGAAUAAGAAAAGCUAUCCUCGAGGGAGUUAACGUUGUAUUCGCCAGACCACCUCUACCCGUCCCACCAGCUGGUAUUCGAGUAAUUGGGCCGCAGCCGAUUCCACCAGCCGGUCUGCCUAUCUCUGAAACUUUGGUUCGCGGUCGCGUAGGAAACGUGGUUGGUGGGCCACAGCGAGGUGGCUUGAUGCGUCGACCAGUGCCUUCGCGUGGCGGUCAACUUGAAGUCGCCGGUAUAGUUGUCGGUCAAUGGGGUGCUAACUACGGUCAACCCGGUAGAUUACCACCUCAAGGUCCAACCACGUUACAGGGACCACCACGAGGACGACUUCCGCCACAGGUGACAUCAAUCGGUGGCGUGAAAUACGGUAUUCCACGAGGACUAAAUCCAAUAGUACCAGGACAACGAGCCACCUUUCCAACACGAGGCAACGGACGAACGUCGGUUGCCGGUGCCGCUGGUCGCGGUAAAAAGACGCAAAUGAAGGCUACCACUAAAAAGAAGGCUCCCAUUAGAAAAACGAAAGAUAACGAAAGGUCAAGAAGAAACGACGGUGUUGCUAGUGGACUCUCGAAUACAUUUGCCUAUCUUAAUUUGAACCCGAACCAAUUUGACGGUGCAUUGGAUAACAGAGGUCAAGCUGGAAUGGCCACUCUUCAUGCCGCACAUUUUAGGGCGGCCUGUCAAAAUCUACACGAAAGCUCAUAAAAUAACAGAAUCCGCGCAUUCGCACCGGCUCACUAUAAAACAAAAACAUUUGUGAGUUGCCUUCUUUUUCGAAGUUUUGUGCGAGACCGAGAUCAAUAUUUGACUAUGAUGCAUAGUGCUCCACGUGCUAAAAAGAAAAAAAAAUUACUCCCGAAUAUGACUCAAGACUGUAACCAAUUAUUUAGUUCUACGUCGCUCAAGACGUUGACACUGACAAUCGUUUUGUAAGAAGUAGCCAGCGACUUGUUGCACGUAGAACUACGGCGGGGCCAAAAAAAAUUAUUAUUGAAUAGCGCCGUGAAGAAUUAGACGCGUAAUCCAUCUCACGACUGUCGACUAACACAACUCGUGUCCCUCACUGCCAAAAAAAGUAUGAGACUCUAAAAAGAAAAAUAAUUGUAUACGAGAGAUAAAAAAAAUCGAAAGAUUUUAUUGCUAGAAAGUCGUGCUUAUGCUGAUGGGCUGCUCUGCUCGUUUGAUAAAAAUACCAACGUGGAAAAUGUAUUCUGACUGAUUAGGAGUAUGCAUAACAAAUGAAAAGAUGAUAUGUAUGUGCGUGCGCUAAUUUUACCGACAAAAAACGAGUCGUCAACUGCUGUAGAUGAUUAAUUAUAUAAACUUAAGAAGCGUGAUUAUUUUUUUUACGAUGAAAAUAUAUAUUUUCCGGUAUUAUAUGAAAUGCUCACCUCGGUGGUCACGAUAGCUCAUUUUCACAUUUUUACUACACAUUGAAUGCCCAUCAUCCGGCGGCGCAACUAUAUGUAUAUACACGUUGCGCCGUAUACACGGAAUGAGCUAUCGACAUAGCAGUCCGAGCGCUCAUGGAGACUGAUGCUUUUCAUAUAAGUAAAAUAUAUAUAUUUAUACAGACAUUUAGGUUAGAGUUUCUCCGUAGAUUAUUAUAUACGUAAGUUAUGCGUAUUCUACGCAAAAAGAGGACGAUGAUAACGACGAUGAUUAUUCUAUAAUAUAACCCACGGGUAGAAUUUUGCGCUCAUGAACGAAGGACCGAUUAUGAAUUGUUUUACCAGUGGAGAAAGUGAGAGAAAAUGAGAAAACUCGAGAAGAUGAUUAUGCACUAAAAAGGAGUGUGUUUAAAAGACGAUGUGAUUAUAGUUUUACAUACGUACGCGUGAUAUAUAAUGUAAUAAUAAUAUGCGUAAGGAUCUGUGUUCACGCGGACGCCGAUUCGUGAGAUCGAUCCGAGAUCGCUCGGCUUCUGCGCCCGUGUGCCGCAGCGUCACUAUAUACAUGAAGAUAUAGAAAAUAUAUAUUUAUUUGCAUUUGCGUCUGGGAUAUUUUUGUGAUUGUGUGCGUGUGGGAGUAAGAGAUAAAGAUAAAGCUACCGCUUGUUUUUUUGUAUGUACCAUUUGCGAAGAUAUUUUUUUAUCCAAUUACGCUGAUUUUUUCGCUGCUCUGUCGUCGCAGUGGACUGUUACAACUUUUAUUUUUUUUAAUUGCUUCAGUUUUAACGAGCUAUCUAGAAAAUGUAACAAACACUGCGAUGUACGAGAAGGCGGUUAAGUAUUGUCAUUAUCGAGAAACAUUGUAAUAGAAACUUUGGAUACUUUUUUUAUUGUACAUACCCAAGAAAAGCAAGCGAAAAGUAGCAAAGACACGAUCGUUGUAAAUAGCAAAUACUCUUAGGUGUGUUGAUCACGCACUAAGCUUAUAAUUGUGUUGCUUUGAUCCAAACUAAUCUCGAACAUUACAAUGUUGUCACUAUCGUGUGCCGAAAUUUUUUCUUCUUUCAUUUCGAUACCAAUUAGAGAGCAGAUCGAUUCGUAGAAAAUAUAAAAAUGUAGCAGCACUAAACGCGAUCUAUGAGAAUGUGAUUGUGAAUAUGAACGUAAAUAGUGUCGAGAUGUGCAGUGAGCGAGUAAGGAUAAAUAACGUAUAUUGAGUUAAUAUAGCGAGAAGUGAUAAGUACAGAGACAAUGCUAUAUUUUUGUAGAUUUGUUAUCGCAACUAAAUGCAUUAAGACAAUGAAGACGAAAUAAAAAAAAUUGUGUAAAAAAGAAGCUUAGUGAUGAUGUUAGUUCGCGAAUUCGGAAUAUAAGGGACUUAAAGCCAAGAAGACAGGCAGACACAAUUUGUGCGCAACUUCAAUAAUAGAUUUAGAGGAAAAAGUUUUACAAAAACUAAGAACAAAGUCAAUGUCAACGGAAGCCAAUUUGAUCUAAAUAUUAGACAUACUCUCGUGAUUUGUUGAAAAACACGUUCUCUAAACUAGAUUUAACCGAGGACGCACUUUCAAAAAUCUGCUUCAACGUGCAACAAUAAAAAAUGAUUUCUACACUAAACUAAAAAUCAUAACUAUGUCGAGAUACAUUUUAAGUUUAUGAAUUAACGAGCUAAAGAGUCAGUCUAUGUAAAAUCCACCAGCAGCGAAACUAUAUAAAUAUAACUUAUAACCAUUCAGCUCAAAAGUGUAUGCCACUUAACGCUUUGUUGGGUAAACUGAAUCGUGAAUGAUUACCUUCAUUCUUGAAAUAUAAAAACGAAUCUCUUGAUGGAACUUACGAUAUCAGUCAAAUAAAAAUUAAAAACAGUUCAGAUGCAUGAGGCAUUCAUCAGUAGCAGUGGCACUGAUAUUAUAUAAUUGAAUAAACAAAAAAUUUUAACAAAAAGCAAACGCAAUAGUAAACAGAAAAUACACGACAAAGAUGAAAACAAAAAAAAGAAACAAAAUCACGUAUUGAUGAAAUUCGUGUUUAUUGUAACGAUAAUAGAAAAAAAAAACAAAUAUAACAAGAAAAACGUUUAAGCAAAGCGCCUUGGUAGCGCAUCAUGCUUUUCACUAAACGCAUAGAAUUAGGGGCCCACGCACUCUGCCUAUGACCGGUCGUGCAAAAAAAUGAAACAAAGAAAACUAAAUCAUUCAAAUGAUUGUUCGUUUAUACUUAUAAUAAAUUUCUAAUAUUAUAUAAUACAUACAUGUUAGCAAAAAAAAGAAGAAAAUAGAGAGAAAAAGUAAAAAAACUUGCAAUAAUUUACAAUGUCGUUUCGCGACUUAUCAAAUGUAUAAUUUUUCUUUUCACUGUAUCCUUCGUUUAUUUCAUAUAUGUACUAGCUAUCGCGGCACAAGUAUCUGUCAAUUUUAUAUUAUUCAAUAAUCAAAAAAGCAUACUUGUUUUUUUCUUUUUCGCUUAAUAGAACUUUAAAUAGCUUUUUAUUUUACUUAACUUUGAAUGUUAAUCAAAUUAUUAUUGAACAAAAAAUGAAUUGGUUUCAGACAAGUUGUGUUUGAAUAUUUACUAAUAUUUAAACGCAAUAUUUACUAAUGAAUAUUUACUAAUGAAAUACGUACUAAUUAUAAACAUAAUGAUAAUUGUAAUUAUAAUAAUGAAAUAUUGCUACAACUUUAAAAGUACAUUUGAGAGUUGACCGGAGUACUUGCAACAAUGGGCAUUAAAUGAACAAAGCGCCUUGAAUUGAAUUAUUCGACGCUCUCAAGAACAAUCGCUACUUUUUUAUAGCUUAUUUUUUCCUUUUGUUGUUUUUCUUUUGUCGCACUUUUGGAGCGAUAUAUUUUCAUUACCACGGCUCACUACUUUUUAUCAUCUAAGUUUUCACGUAAUACAUAGCAUAGGUUUCUGCUUAUGUGCGUAUAUAUUUAUCAAGUAUAAUAACAAAUAUGGUAGGAUUCACGAAAUAUAUCUAAUUAAAGAAAAAAAUAUAUUGAAAAAAUGAAGAAAAAAAGUAACACUUGAUCAGUAAUUAUCGAUGUAGUUAAAAUAUAACGUGGGCCCUAUUAUUAUAUAUUCUUAUUAAAUAUUAUAUAACAUAUAUUCUCCUAUUAUUUCUUGUCUUAGCUGAAAAAAAUGGUAAAACAAUUAAAAUAUUUCAAUCGAUUAAAAGUAUAAAAAUGUGCAUGCGCAAAGUAGUUUGUGUAUGCGUUCACUGACUACUUUGAUAUUAUCUAUUAUAUUACUUGCAUAGCGCAUCGACACCUUACAUUUUUCGUUGAUAAACAAUUUGUUUAUAGCAUAUUCAAUUUUUAUUUAACUAAGCGACUAUUAUUGUCAAAAAGAAUAAAGAUUUCUUUAUAAAUAUAACUUUCUGAAAUAUAAUCGAUUAUUUUUGAUUAUGUGCAUCUAUUAAUAUUUUCAUGGUAUAUUUGCCUGUUUGCCACGCCAAAUACACGAUUUAUUGACUUUAUAAUAUGAAUUCAGUGUUGAAAUCAUUUCAAAUAAAUGUUUACAUGUACAAUCUGAUGAUAGUACCUUGAAAAAUUUAUAAUUUCACUCGAUCUAGAAAAAAUGAUCGAGCGCACAUAAUUUGCAAAGUGAUAAAAUAAAGUAAAUAAUCAAUUGUGUGUUUCUGCAUUUGUAUUGCAAUCGCAUCAUUAUAAACAUAUUUCGAAUAAUUCACCGUGUAAUUUCUACUGCUGUAAAGAUAUUAUAAUCCCAUCUGUGCCUAGUGUCCAGCGGAGCUGAUUCUGUAUAAGUGUUCUUCGUAUUAAUUACGAAAAAAUAAAUUUUUCUCGACCAUAUUUCCAUUUUCGAUAAAGCGAAGGAAAAGAAAUGGCUUUUUAAAUCAGUCAGUUUGUUACUUUCUAUGUGAUUGAUACAGAGAAUCAGUGCUAGCGAAACACAAGGCAAGUUGAAAAAUUAUUAUCGUUCUCAUUAUACACGAGAUGUCACGAUAAAGUAAAAGAUAAAGGUUCAUAUUUGGAGCUUAGAUAAUGAUAUACACUCUUAGUGGCAACUAUAUUUACUAAAAUAAAAGGAAAAGGUAUAAAUUAUCAAGAAAAUUAUUACUAACAAAUCAAUAUUGAAUGGAAAACGCACGUUGAUGGCUACUGUAAUGAAGUAGAUGGACAGAAUCGCAUUGAUAUUUGAUGUAUGAAAGGUCUGUGUUGAAACAGAUACUCAUAAUAAUACGUAGCAUUAGUAUUUCGUCGAGAUACGAUACCCAAUUAAAAUUUCAAAAAGUAGAUCUCAAAUAAAAUUCAUGAGGUAUUCGAAAUCACUUGUCGAUUAUAUAAAAGGUUAUUUUAUGACAUUCUUUGUUUCAUUGUGGUUCAUUGGUGCGCACAUGAAAAAGAGGAAUAUAUGAUUCUUGUUGGUUUUCUAUUUCAAAUUAAAAAUUGUAAAUCCUGAAAUAUUUCUUGAAAAUAAACUACAAGCGAACUAAUUUGCUUAAAAUUUUCAACUGGGAAGGAUUCGGAAGAAAAACCAUUGAUAUUUUGGAAAGUUUGAUGAUUUAUUAAGAUGUACUGUCAUGUCAUGAAAAUAAAAUUGAAAAAAUCUUAAGUGGCUAAUUUAUUGUAUUCAACAAGAAAACUAUCAUUAAUUAAUUUCUUUUUGCUACUGAUUGAUAUACUUUUUACUAGAACAGUAAUAAAAGUUUAAUUAUCUUUGAAAAGUUUAUUUUUUAGCUUAUUCAAGUGUACCUCUACAGCGUUUUAAAAGAACAGUUUUUCAAAUAACAAUAACAUUGCAGCUUACUUCUUUUAUUUGCAUUAUCUUCAAAAGGACACGUAUUAAUUGUAAUAAAUUGAAUUUUUAUUACUAAAAUUAUGUUCAUUUUUAUUCUUAAAAUCAUUUGAAUUAUAUUUAUUACUAAAUAACCCAAUAACAAUG